UGACUCACAGACUCACAUUCACACACACACACUCUCUCUCUCUCCCUGCAUCAUCUAUCCUCAUUCUUCUCAGCACCUUUCGUCUCCCUCAAUUGGCCCUCCUCCCCUCCCGGGUCUUGUUCUAAGCACCAUGACCGAGUCCUACACCACCACCGACCUCCAAGGCGUGCUGCCCCUCAUCGCCCGAGGCAAAGUCCGCGAUCUAUACGAAGUCGACUCCAAGACUCUUCUCUUCAUCGCGACGGACCGAAUCUCCGCCUACGAUGUUAUCAUGCAGAAUGGCGUCCCCAACAAAGGCAUCCUCCUCACCCUGUGCACGCGCAAAUGGUUCGAGAUCCUGACCACCGCGCUCCCGACCCUGCGCACCCACUUCCUCACCCUGGACCUCCCGCCCCAGAUCCCGGCGUCGCUGCGGCCCGUCCUCCAGAACCGGAGCAUGCAGGUGCGCAAGCUCCGCAUCCUGCCCAUCGAGGCCAUCGUGCGCGGCUACAUCACCGGCUCGGCCUGGAAGGAAUACCAGACUCAUGGCACGGUGCACGGCAUUCCGGUCGUCGCGGGGCUGCGCGAGAGCGAGGCCUUCCCCGGCGGACCCAUCUAUACCCCCAGCACCAAGGCGGAAUUGGGCGAGCACGAUGAGAAUAUUCAUCCUGAUAAGGCUGCCGAGAUCGUUGGCGAGCCUUACGCCUCUACCAUUGCCUCCCUGUCGGUGCAGCUCUACAAGAUCGCCCACGAGUAUGCGCUGACGCGCGGUGUGAUCAUCGCGGACACCAAGUUCGAGUUUGGUGUGGAUGAGGAGACGAAUGAGGUGGUGUUGGCCGAUGAGGUGCUGACCCCGGAUUCGUCGCGCUUCUGGCCCAAGGAUUCGUAUGAGGUGGGCAAGGGCCAGGCUAGCUUCGAUAAGCAGUUCCUGCGCGAUUGGCUGGUCAAGGAGGGGUUGAAGGGCAAGGAGGGGGUUGCCAUGAGCGAGGAGGUUGUGCAGAAGACCAGCGAGAAGUACCGGGAGGCGUGGGAGCGCAUCACGGGGGGCGACAACUAGGUUCUUUCUGCCAAUGCAUAUUGCAUAGUAGCAUAUAGUUGCAGCGAGCAGGCAAAGCACUGCUUUCUCGGGGCAUAGGUGGCUGGCCCUUUCCUCCACCUCAAUAAAAAAAAAGAACUGAAGCAAAGAUGUCGG